CCCCGGGGCGGGCCGGGCAGGGCCGGGCCAGCCUGGGCCAGGCGGGCAGGCGUGCGGGACACUCGGGAGCCGGCGAACACUGCAAAAGAACUUGCUGUUUGAAGGUCAACCUCUCCUUUUCUUCAGUCAGUAUCCCACUACUGUAACGUGUUGUGUUUCUGGGUUUGCACAACAGAAGAGUGGUGCUUGGACCCAAGAAACCAUGUUCAGCUUCAGAUGCAUCCGGAAGUUACUACAGUAUGUGAAAUUUUAUUUUUUUUUACUUAUGGAGAACAUGUUCUCUAUAUUUUCUCUACGCAAAAAAUGUUUUGCUGGUGAAAUAGUACUUAUUACUGGCUCUGCAAAUGGAAUUGGAAAGCAGGUUGCCUUAAAAUUGGCUCCCUUGGGAGUAACCUUGGUUCUUUGGGACAUCAAUGAUGAAGGCAACAAAGAAACAAGCAGAUUAGCCCAACAAAAUGGAGCCAACAGGGUGUUCACCUACCACUGUGACUGCAGCAGUAGGGAAGAUAUCUAUAAACAAGCAGACAAGGUUAGAAAAGAAGUUGGGGAUGUUACUAUUCUAAUCAACAAUGUUGGCAUAAUGAUCGGGAAAAAGUUCUGUGAGCUUACAGAUGAAGAAUUUGAAAAGACACUCAGAAUCAACUUCUUUUCUCAAGUCUGGACUUGCAAGGCCUUUCUUCCAGCCAUGGUGGCCUGUAACCGUGGACACCUGGUUAGCACAUCCAGUGCAGCUGGAUUAAUGGGAUUCUACAGGUUGUCAGAUUAUUGUGCAAGUAAAAGUGCAGUCAUUGGAAUGAUGGAAGCCAUAAAUUCAGAACUGUAUCAUGGAGGAAAAUGUGGCAUUAAAACCACAAUCAUUUGUCCUUAUUUUAUUAGUACUAAGUUAAGCAAAGGCUUCAAAAGCGCAAAACCCUGUUUGCUUCCUGUUUAUGAUCCAGAGUAUGCAGCCAGCAGGAUUGUGGAUGCAAUUAAAAAGGAAAAAUUUUAUCUGAUCAUGCCUCCAGCUGUAUACUUACUUGGUCUCAGAAUUUUCAUUCCUAGAAAAAUAGUGUUAUUCCUCGAGUCUUACAUUAAGUUCCCUGAGAGCAUGGAAGAAGCCUUCGGUCAGAAAAAAAAAGAUUGAAGCAAAAAGUAUUCUGAAGACCUCAAGUGCCAUCUAAUUGAACAUUUUCAGUAAAAAAUCAUUUUAAAUCAUAUUCAUUCCUUGACAAAUAAAUUACUUCUUUUAUGCUAUUUUA